AUGGCGAAGCAAGCGUACGAGAGCGAACGCAAGGGCUCUCUGCCUGUCGCCUCAAACAUCAUGUUCAUGGGCGGAGCUGGUGUUGGUAAAAGUUCUAUCAUCUCAAUGUUCUUCCGCAACGAGUUCAUGGCCGAGUAUAACCCAACAGUAGAGGAGGUAUACAGGGAAAUUCUAGACGCGGAUGGACGACAAGUUAUACUGAAUAUUUUUGACACUGCAGGCUCGUAUCAGUUUCCGGCAAUGAAACGGAUCUACCUCAAGAAAGGGGACGCCUUCGUCCUUGUUUACUCCGUCAACGAGCUCUCCUCAUUCGACGAAGUCUGUAAUAUCCGGAAUGAGAUUCUCAAGUUGCGAGGUGAGUCGGCGCCAAUUGUAUUUGUUGGUAACAAAGUCGACCUACGCGGCGGUCCUCCAACCAUGUCUGAUGUUCUCCGGGACGCUACAAUCUCCAUCGAAUGGGGAAACACUCACGUCGAAUGCUCUGCCUCGGAAAACGACCGCCUGGAUCAGAUCUUCAUUGAAGCGAUUGCCGCAAUACGGCGUCGGAACAGAGACAAUUCAAUAUCUAUAGAUCGGUCCAUAGACGCUUCUAUAACACCGACAGAAACGUUUUCACGUCCAUGUGCAUUGAGUGUUACCUCCAUGCGGACUAGACGUUGCGGUAGGGCGCAUUCCGCGGAUUUUCUGAUCAAGACGGACGGCAAACGGUUCAAGAAAAGGAAAAGGUUCAAAUGGUUAUGUGUAAUAUCGUGA